AAUACUUACUGACCUUCAUGGUAUUAAACGUCUCUGUUGUGUAACUAGAUGGUGUACCAUGUGAAAGAUGAGAAGCAAACACUCUUUAAUGUAGAACAAGUAAAGGGGGUUAGUUUGAGUACCAACAGCCAAUUUCCAGUUAUAAAUGAUUCAGCAGUUUUGCUAAAGGCCAUUUGCUCUCUGGCCUGCUUUAUGUGCUGACAUUAGAUGAGCAAAUAUACUUAGCCUCUGAUGGAUAUAGUUAAAACAGUAUGCAAAUUAAUGUAUUGAAGAGAGUUAAAAAUUCUACGGACACCAUUACUCCAAAAUGACCAAGUCAAUAAAAAUAACAGUAUAGUGAUACUUUAAUAACAAUAAGUUCACAUUUCCUACAUAUACAAAAGGUAACACAGUUUAACUUACACAUGCUAUAAAUCAUACAUGGCCAUUUACAGUGCAAUGUCAACAAAAUGCCAUUACACAAUUUCAUUUUACAUUUACUGUGCUUUUCUUAAUAACAACUUCAAACUACAAGCUGUUUAUUCACUAGACUUGUUUCUUUUUACUUUAGAAUCCAAAAUAAUUUUAUAUGGGUGUGCCAUGACCUAGUUAGGACAAAGAUGGAUUCCAAGCAGAGAAGGAAAAAGGUUAAAAAUGUCAAAGGGAUAACAUCCAGUAUUUUAUCUUCCUUCUUCUCCAUCCUGUCAAUGGGGAAUCAUUGUUAUUUAUCAUAGUCCAGAAAGAGAUGUGGAAAUAAAGUAUAAGAUCCCUUUUGAAACAAAGGAAACCCAUAUUGGCCAUUGAGUCCCAUUUCAGGAAAAUGGCUGCUGAGAGCGCGCCCAGCCCCCUCUCUCUGCUCUCUGUUGAAAGAUUCCUCAGCCGUGCCUCUAAUAGCAGAAGCUAAAAUGGUGCUUCACUCUGAUUGGCUGGUGGAACUGCUAACGUUAACCAGCCAAUUGCCCAGGCACUGCAAAAAUAUCAAGCAAUGGAUGGCACAUCUCCUCAGCCAACAUAACACAACAUAUCAAAAAGACAAUGAAACAGAUUAUGAUGAAAAACAUGUCAGUUAAAAUAAACAGUUACCUUAAAAUGUACCCAUAUUUGGCCUUUGAAUAUUAUAAGGGUAUUACAGACAAUGUAGGUUAUAAUGUAGGCCUAGUCUAUAGUCUUAAAAUGUAUUUAAUUUAUGUUUUAUUUAUGUAAUGUAUUGUAAACAGACCCAACAUAUUUCCUGAGAAUUGCCCAUAAACACAGCUCUAGGGUCAGGUUUAAUAUCCUAAGGCUAACGUUUACAAUCAGGAAUUAAAACGUUAUAAUGACCCUAGAUCUGUGCUUAGACAGAACUUGCAUCGACCUAUGUCCAUCUUGUUUGCUCUUUGAGUAAAAGUAGGCGGUAGAUUCAACACUUAUUUCAUGCCCAAUGUGCGAGCUAAAAAUACACUAUACAACAACUUCUAAUAUUUACAUUUAAAUGCAAUUACAUAUCUUUAUUUAUUAAUGUGUUGUGUGUUUAAAAUGGUCCAAUAAUAUUACAAAAUGUACGCAUAUGUAAAGAACCUCAAAUCGAAAGUGCGAAUGGUAUGAGGGGUAGCGAAGCUCAAUACUAUUGUGAGAGAGACAGAAACCCCAGACUGGAGGCACAAUAUGUGUUGGCUCGCAAAAAGGGAGGCAGUAUUCUUUGAAUCAUGUAAUGUAAUCAGUAAGAUAAAUUAUCUCGCCGUUUGAUUAUUAAAAUAAGUUCGAUCGGACAAAACAUGUCCAAGCCAGGGGAAAGAAACAGACUAAACGAAGACCAUGGCAGAAAGCAGAGUUCAAGUUUGGCAAACGGCAUGGACAACCACCAUCCCGUUUGCAGUUCGGGGGAGAAACGAAGUCACCAUUGUAGAAGUUACAAGUUGAUUAUUGACCCAGCGUUGAAAAAGGGAUCGCACAAAUUGUAUCGCUAUGAUGGAACGACUUUUAACAUGCCCAACCCUGGGAUGCCACCAGUGGAUAUCGUCCGAGACCCGAGAAUCGGUCGUCUAUGGACGAAGUAUAAGGAGACGGAUCUCCCAGUUCCGAAGUUUAAGAUUGAUGAAUGUUACAUCGGCCGCGUGCCUCCCAAGGAGGUGACGUUUGCGAGGCUGAACGAUAACAUCAGAGAAGGUUUUUUGACUGACAUGUGCAAGAAAUUUGGGGACAUAGAAGAGGUGGAAAUUCUAUACAAUCCGAAGAACAAAAAGCAUUUAGGAAUAGCCAAAGUUGUUUUUGGAACUGUAAAAGCAGCCAAAGAUGCUGUCCAGACUCUUCACAACACGUCAGUUAUGGGCAACAUCAUCCACCUGGAGCUGGAUCCCAAAGGUGAGAAUCGCCUUAGGUACUUCCAGCUACUGUUGAAUGGCACCUUCACCCCUCGGACACUUCCAGUGGGAGGAGAGGAGGCCAGACAAGUGUCCCCUCGUAGCCUUGCAGAAGCUCUUCUGGCCUGUGAGCCCCUGCGCCGGCUCUCUGAAAGCAGCUCGUCUACUGCAGUGGGAGGCAUAGUGACCCCCAGCAGCACCGCCUCCAACACCACCCCUCUGUCCCAGGAUACGGCCUACUCUAGCCUAAGGCAAGACACUCCGCAGUCCCAGGGCACCCCUCACACCCCGCGCCAGACCAGUACACCCUUCUCUCAGGACUCCAACUAUUCCAGCAGGCAGGCCACCCCAGCCUAUCAGUCUAGCCGGGCCGAAGGCUCUGGAGGCUACAAGUCUCGCAGACACGAGAGCAAGUUCCAGGAUGCCUAUAACCGGAGACCGGAGAGGCGUUAUGUCCAUGGCACUGGGGGAUCAGGAUCCUCCUCCUACCGAGGCAACUCUGAACAGUCUGCCUUCAAGCAGCACCAACCUGCCCCACCUGAACCCCCUCCCUCUGCCUCAUCAUUUGCCCACACACCACCUCCCCCUACCAGUGCCAGCUUUAAGUCUGCCUUUUCCCCCUACCAGCAGGCCCCAAUGCCCCCUGCGUUCCCCCCCUCAGAAUCUCCGUUCCACCAGUCUGUCCAGCGGGAGGCAGAGUACCGGAGGCCCUCCAUGGCCCCUGCCACUGACUUCAAGCCAGUCAAGAACAAGCCAGCUACUCCACCCAUUCCAGAACCCCCACCUGAACCCAAGGCCCACCCCAGCACACCCCCUGCCCUGACACCAAAGCACUGCCCCCCCUCCCCUGGCACUCCCACCCUGGAGUCAGAGCGAAAUAGCCUGGACUCUCGUAUUGAGAUGCUUCUGAAGGAGAAAAGGACAAAGCUUCCCUUCCUUCCUGGAGGCGACUCGUCAGACACUGAUGUGCGUAUGGUCUGCAGCCCCAUCUCCUCCUCUUCCUCUCAGCUGUCCCCCAUCCCUCCUUAUGGGGGCACCCACACCUCUCGACCCUCUAGCACAGGCCUGGAGGACGUCAGCCCCACGCCCCUGCCUGAUUCCGAUGAUGAGGAGCCCAUCCUUGUAACAGGCUUGCUCCUCAAGGGAGUCAGUUCUCCAGACCAUCUCCAUGGGAAGAACGCCAGUGACUUGAAGGAUGGUCGCCUCGGAAACCACACACCCACAGACAAAAUGGAGAGCCAUCAGUCCUCUGGGGAAGACAUGGAGAUCUCGGACGAGGACGACAUGCCAGGCACGCCCACGCACGGUGGCGACUGUGUCAAGGGAAUUGUGGUCAACUCUGCUGUGUCCCCCAUGCAGUCCAUGCCCCUCCCACCCCCCGGCUUCCCCCCUCUACCCCCUCAAGCGGGCUUCGGUCUUCCACACCACCUCUCUGCUGUCCCAGGUCCACACCUGGCACCUGGAGUUCCACACCCUAUGCUGCCUCACCUCUACCCCCAUGGCAUGGUGCCUAUGAUGCAGAUGGAGCUGAUGAGCUGCCUGCCUCAGUGGGGCAGCGUUCACAUGUCCUUCCAGAUGCAGACCCAAAUGCUGAGUCGCAUGGCCCAGACCCGGGGUCCCUACCCCUACCCACACUUCAUGACUGCAGGAGGGGCGGCUGCAGCCGGGUCAGCAGCCAUGCAGUUUGGGGGUCCCUACCCACCCUUGUCAAUGAGUAGCACCCCAGCUGCCAGUGCAGGGGGCCACAGGCAGCAACUCUGGCCCCACCCCAGCAUGCCCAAGUUCAACCCUGCCGUUCCUCCACCGGGCUACGAGGCUAAGGAAGACCCUCAUAAGGCCACCGUGGAAGGGGUGCUGCUGGUCAUCGUCAAGGAGCUGAAGGCCAUCAUGAAGAGAGACCUCAACCGUAAGAUGGUGGAGGUUGUGGCCUUUAGGGCCUUUGACGAGUGGUGGGAUAAGAAAGAACACUCAGCCAAGGUGUCCCUGACCCCGGUGAAGGCUGGUGAGGGAAAGGAGGAGGAGAAGGAGAAGCCCAAGCCCAAAGAGACCAUGGGCUCCAGUCUACUGGAGAACUGGAACAAGGGUGAGGGCCUUGGCUAUGAGGGUAUGGGCCUGGGCAUCGUCCUCCGAGGAGCCAUCCGCCUGCCCUCCUUCAAGGUGAAGAGGAAGGACCCUCCUGAUGCUGCCUCCACUGGGGACACUAAGCGAGCGCGGCCCUCCACACCGGUGGAUGAUGAGCUUGAGGACAUAGCAGAGCUCCCAGAAGAUGUGGCCAGGGUGGACGAGGACAGCGCAGCUUCUCGGAGACGACAUGCCCGGCCACUGGAGCUGGACAGUGAGGGAGAGGAGAAGGUAGAGACCUCUGGAAAGGAGGAGUCCCUCUCCGACAGGGAGGAGGAGCCUGACGAGACGGAGGUCUCUGACAGGUUGUCAUCGGCCAAGGAGAGUGAAGAGGAUGAGGACGAAGAUGAGGCUGCCUCAUCCAGUGACGGUGAAUCAUCUGAGUCGUCGGAUGAGGAACUUGCCAGUUCUGCAUCCUCUAAAGUCGACUCUGACUCCUCUGCGACUGGGGACUCCUCCGAAUAUGAUUCCAGUUCAGAGGAGGAGGAAGAGGAGGAGGAGGUGGCGGUAGAUGUGGAGAGUCUACCGGAUAAAGACGAGGACCGUGUUCGGACUUCUUCGUCCUCCUCCUCUUCGGUGUCCUCAUCUGAGCAGGAGGUGGAGGUGGAGGUGGAGCCCAAGGCCCCCAGCACGCCCCUAGUUCCUCCCCCAGAGGACGAGCCCUCAGAGCUGGCUGGUUUAGAUGAGGACCAGAGGACUAGGGAAGGGCUGAAGCUCAAGCCCAACCACAGAGCCCUCAGUGAGGGGGAGGAGGCAGCGGAGCCUGGCCGGACCAGCCUGGAGGAUCUCCGGCCCGCUUCACCCAAAGGAGUCCCAGCUGAGGAGCCAGACAUUGACCUGGGAGUCGCCAUCCCUGUAUUUAAGAUGGAUCCCCAGGACGAUGUUACUAACCUGCGGCCGCCCACGCCAACAGGCUCCCUGGCUGACAGCGACCAGGACACUCGACCCAAGGCCCACACAGAGGACGAGGAUCUCCCCUGUACGCCAGGUAGAGGAGCUCCUGCAUCCCUGGAGCCCAACACAGCCCUCCCUAGAUCCCUAGUAGUCCCAUCUAUGCACCUUCCCCCUACCCCGGCCAUGGAGGGCCACUCCCUCCUGCUGCCUCCUCCCAGCGCCCUGCCGGACCUCCCCCUCUCAUUUCGGGCCAGGCUGUCCACAGACGAGGAUGUGCCCCGCACUCCUGGCAGGGACCUGAUGGUCCGGGCAAGGGGCCUGGAUAAGUCCCAGAAUAGCACAGAGAACGUGCCCGUCACACCUGACAGUGAUGCUCCUCUGACUGGCAGCAGCCUGGCCAGCCUCAGCUCUCCCCGCAUAUCCGGCAGCCCCUUCUCCUACCCUGCCCAGUCUCCUGUCCUGAGUGCAGGUAUCCCCCGAACCCCCGGCAGAGAUCUGACCUUCACUCCUGUCUUCCCAGACCACACAGCCCUGGCUGUUGGCCUGCCCAUCCACUGGAAAGCCUCUUCAGAAAGCCCACUGUUCAAGGAGCCUCCACUCAGCACCCUGACCAACCAGACCCUGCCCCCCGACUCCCUCCAGGGAGAGGCCUUAACCAGCUUGCCAAAAGACCUGCCUGCUGUCCCAGUCUUAGACCUCCCCGUGCCCCCUGACGCAACCCCACCUAAGAGGAAGCCUGGGCGACCCAAGAGUAAAAAGGCUGCAGCACUGACCUCUCCUCAGACUGAGUUUAUGGAGCUCUUGGUGACUCCCACCUCCAUGCCCCGAUCGUUGCCUCAUGAUGCCCAGCUCAGAGAGUUCUCUGCAAACAUGGAUGCUGCAGCCGCUCUUCCUGACAUCCCCAGCCGCGCUGGGCUAGACUCAUCCACGGUGGGCCUGGACUUCAGGGAAGGGGAGACAAAGCUGCAUGUGGUUUUGCCCCCUGACGACCAGUUCCUUCCCUAUGAAGAAGAGGGGCACUUGCAGAAGCCUGCCCGUAAGGUGCGGCGAGGGUGGGAAGAGCUACUGCUGGCCAGCCACUCCCCCGUGACCACACCGCCGUGGCCCCACUACUCUCCUCGCUCAGAGUUUGAGGAGAUGACCAUCCUGUACGACAUCUGGAACGAUGGCAUCGAUGAGGAGGACAUCCGGCACCUGCAGGUCACCUACGACAAGAUGCUGCAGCAGGACAACGGCAACGACUGGCUCAACGACACGCUGUGGGUCCAGCACCCUCCUACCAACAUCCCGGCGGUGAAGAGGAAGAGGAGGGACGAUGGCAUGAGGGAUCACAUGACUGGCUGUGCCCGUAGCGAGGGCUACUACAAGAUUGACAAGAAGGACAAGAUCAAAUACCUCAACAGCAACAAGCACCUACUGGAGGAGGGGCCUGUAGACAUGCAGGGCAUGAGUAUUCCCGCACAGCCCCUAGUCUCCACCAGAGCUGGGUCUGAGCGGAGGUCUGAACAGCGCCGCCUGCUGUCCUCUUUCAGCUGUGACAGCGACCUGCUCAAGUUCAACCAGCUGAAGUUCCGUAAGAAGAAGAUUCGGUUCUGUAAGUCGCACAUCCACGACUGGGGCUUGUUCGCAAUGGAGCCAAUUGCUGCUGAUGAGAUGGUGAUUGAGUAUGUGGGGCAGAACAUCAGACAGGUGAUUGCUGACAUGAGGGAGAAGCGUUACGAGGACGAGGGCAUCGGAAGCAGCUACAUGUUCCGUGUGGACCACGACACCAUCAUAGACGCUACCAAGUGUGGCAACUUCGCGCGCUUCAUCAACCACAGUUGCAAUCCCAACUGCUACGCCAAGGUGAUCACAGUGGAGUCACAGAAAAAGAUUGUCAUCUACUCCCGACAACCCAUCAAUGUCAACGAGGAGAUCACCUACGAUUACAAGUUCCCCAUCGAGGAUGAGAAGAUCCCCUGCUUGUGUGGGGCAGAGAACUGUAGGGGAACGUUGAACUAACGUUAGUCCCUGGCCAAGGGGAAACUCCGGUUAAACAACAAGCACUGUCCCAACAAACGUUGUCCCCAUUCCCUGGACACACACACAGAGACGCCAUGCUAAAAACACACGGACAGAAGAGGAGUGGUGGAAGAACCAGGGAUGAAAACCAACCCAUCGUCUGGCUACAGUGCAGCUACCUGUCUGGGACUCUUUUUAUACGCACAGAUAUUAACUCAAGAUUGUUUACGAUUCCAGGUGCUCUUUAAAACAGAACUAAACAUGGGUUUUCUAAUAGUCUCCCAGUAACCCUUGAAUUUUCACAAUGCUGUACCAUCUGGCUUCCUGGUGCAGCACUCUUACUUGUCCCUCUUCCAUUCAGCAUGGUUCCCCCUUUCUGGUCUUAGCUUGUACAGUUUUACCUAGUCUUUUCAUAAGCUUUAUGGAGACCACGUGGUAUGUACCCCCCCCCCCCCCACACACACACACCUACAUUAAGCUGCUCAUUGAUACUGUUGACAUUCACAAUGAAAACACUUGUCGCUGUGGGAGGGACACAGCCUCCCCACGGGAGACGACACUAUUUUCACCAUGUGGUGGUCAUAGUGGCACAGACAGGAAGUAGGAUUGGCGCCCUGAGAAAUGGGUUUGCUGCCCAAGGAGAAGCCUGCGUGGAUGCCUUCACUUGCUUAACACCCCUUUGUUUUUAUAGUAAAUGCAGAAAACAUUUAUCAUUUAAGCUACAGAAUGGUUAUCAAUUCACAAACGUGGAUAUCACUGGAGAUGAAUCCACACCUGCUCAUACCAGCAAAUAAUAUAGAGUAUGCUGCUGUCUGUUACUUUAUGCAAAAUCAAGGAAUAUGCUUUCAGAAAUUUACAAAUGGUAUUAAGGUUUAUUCCAGUAGUUUUUCCAUCAUUUCUGUUGUCACUCUUCUUACCGUCUUGUCUUCCCCAAAAACACUACAUGCUGCCCUCUGUAGGUCAUAUUGUGGAAACAGUGAAUGGGGAAAAGAACGCAAGAUGGGUACCGCAGAAAUGUAUUUACACAGUUGAACCUUUACAUUGUAAUGUAGUAUAGUGUUUCCAAAAGCGACCAUAGGCACAUAAUUCCUUCCAUAACAAACUUAGUUAUCGCUGCACAGUGAGACUGCUGAUCGAAGUAUACAGAUUUUAUUGAAAUGCUUUGACUUUAUGAUGCCUUCUCAUCUCCAACAUGACAUCCAUCCACAACAGACUGCGUGUUGAGGUUCACAUGUAGAAGGGUUAGAAAACUGAUUCCCCAUUUAAAAGACUGCCUGUCCUAGGAAAUGGUUCAGAUCAGUACAGCUGUACAGUACAGAAUAGCGAUUCAAACUACUUUUAGGUUUGCAUACUUUUCUUCCUGAAGCUCAUCCAAUGCUGUCGGGAAACCAAACCGAUCCCCACUGCAUUUCCAGUGUUAUAUCUUGAGAAAAGCAUUUAUUUAAUGCGCUAUAAAGAUGACAACAUGACAAUAAUAGUAAAUAUAGGUGAAACCUAUCUAAAUGGAACUCCAAUGUUCUCUAUGAAAGCACACAGACUGCAAUUAACAGGAAUUAUUUACAUUUAUAGAGACUUUGACAAAAGCCUUGGAAUGGGGUGUGGCUAGAAAAUAAGUCAGUUAAUGAAUUGAAGUUUAUUGUAAGUGCCAUAUCCAUGUGUACUCGUCUGGGGUGUUCAUGACUACAAGGCAAGAGUGUUUCUGAAAGCUGCCGCUUGCAACUGUGUUAAUGCGCAUGCACUUAUGAAAUGCUGUCUAUUUUCACCCGUGUGAAUGUGUUUGUAUUGUGUAACAUGAAUGUGUGUUGUUUUCCCUCACUGUUUGGUGGUGUUGAUGACAGGUUUAGGUGUCCUCACCUCGUGGUGCUUUCUCAGCCCUCACUGUACAGCUCAGUAUUCUACUCACCAUACAGAAAGAAGUGUUUCCAAUCUAAAACAAUUCAUCAGACCUCGCUCUAUCAAAUCAUCACCACACUACCAACCCCAAGCUCCAAUCUUCUGUUUGUGUAUGUUUGUCACGUGGUUAUUGUCUCUUGUCAUUCAGUUUCAUGAAUCAUUAAUGUUUGUGAAUGCACUAGAGGCUUGCACUUCUGCUUACGCCCUCCUAGCCAAUCAGAACUCUGAAGACCAAGUCAUUCAUUGCUUCUCAUUCAGUUGGAUAGCUUAUACAUUUGUUUAACAACCGUGAUGUUUAUAUUGUACAGGAUCACUUGUAUAGAAGACCUGCAUUUUUUUUUCUACACAUGGAGAAUAUGUAAUGAUGCAUCUUUUAUUUUUUAAACAAAAAAGACUGAGUAUUUAAUGUUGAAUUUUCAGGGAUCAGUAAAAAAAAGUAAGGAAUCUGUAAAAAAAAAAAAAAAUGUUGAAGGGUUGAAUUGUUUAUUUAAAGUAAAGGUGCAUCUUGUACAGAAAAAAAGAUAUCCACUUCCCUUUGAAAGAUUGUUUCUUGUAGAAACGUCUUCAUUUUCUCUGCCCAUUUCUUUUGUAAUCUUAAAAUAUAUAAAUACUUUAACUGUGAAUAUAUAUAUAUAUAUAUUUUUGUUCCUGGGGAUUUGCUACAGAAAUACAACUCUGAGAGAUCCGUGUCAGACAGAGCUGGUGAAUGUGGAGCUGGUGGCAGUAUUUUCAGCUUGUGUCAAGCUUUAUUUUUAUUUUCUGUUGUAAAUUCUAUGAAAACUUGUUUGCAGUGUGGAGAAGGGGAAAAAAGCAUUAUGGUGCAGAAAUGGCAUAGGAAUAGGGUGGAAUCACCAGCCUAUUUCUCAUGUCUAUUACACAAAAUGUAUGAAAAAGAAUAAUGGGAAAUAAAGGCAUUUUUUUUCAAACGA